AGAAACAUUUUUAAUCACAAAUCUCUCCGCGGAAGUUCCGCGGAUUAUUUUUUCUUUUGAAAACGCUGCCUUUUGUCAAACCAAAAGUUAUGUCAAAGUUAAUAUAAAUUAAAAACCAAAACAGAACAUUAAAUUGAAUUCAUACAAUCUUAUUUGCUGAAGUACAAUAUAAAUAUGUUUAAUAAAGCUUCUUCAAGUACAACUGAACAAAUAAAAAAUCAAAGUAAAAAACUCAAGCUGGAAAUAUCUGAGAGGGUACGAGUGCUUUGUUUACAUGGUUACCGGCAAAAUGGCGAUUCUUUCAAAUCAAAGUUAGGGUCACUAAGAAAACAAGUUUCAAAGUAUGCUGAUUUUGUUUUUAUAUCAGCACCUCACGUGGCAGAACAAUUAGAUAAACCUGAAGAAAAUGGAUCGAACAUGAUUGUAGAAAAAGACCAACUAAGUUGGUGGUUUAAUAGUGAGGAUGGAAAAACUUUUAAGGCUACUAAUCGGAAUGCAGUUGCAUACAAAUUUGAAGAAAGUGUACGUUUUGUGGAAAAUAUUUGGAUGGCUGAAGGGCCUUUUCAGGGCUUGUUAGGGUUUUCUCAAGGUGCAUGUUUCGUCGGUUUAAUUGCCGGAUUGGCGAAAAUGCAUAUGACGAAAAUAAGACCGAAUUUCGUGAUUUUAUCAUCUGGAUUUAUAUCAGGGAGUUUAGCUCAUGUAAAUUAUUUUGAUGAACCUAUAGAAAUACCUUCUCUUCAUAUUUUUGGGGAAUCCGAUGAUAUCGUUACGCCACAAAUGAGCAAAGCUUUAGCAAAACAUUUUGAACAUUGUGAAAUUUUAACACAUCCCGGUGGUCAUUAUUUUCCAGCGACAGCGGUUCAAAAACCUAUUUACCUUAAUUUUUUCCAAGAUCGUUUACAAGACUAUUUAGAAGAAAAAGAAUUGAGCAGAAUGAAAGCAGAAGGUCUACUAAAAUUUGAAGUUAGUGACAAUAGUGAUAUUAGUGAAAAUAAUUUUCCAGAUGCAGAGGAUUCUGAUGAGAGUUGAUUAGUGACAAAGAAUACUAAUUGUUUUUUAUUUCAUUUUAAUAUUUACUAAAACUAUAGCACACAUAAAAAGAUCAAAUGCAAUAUAAAAGUAAAUUAAAGUAAAAACAAAA